AUGAAGAUCACAAACAUCAAAAAUGGUAUCGACAUCGCUGACAUUGUUGUGGUGAAUAGGUUCUGGCUUGUGUGCACGCGGAGAUGUGCGACAGUCCUCAAGUUUCUAUUGCCGCUCAGGUUUACGCUCCAUCGGGUGUUGUGGGAGAGCGAACGAGUAGUAUUUAUAGAGCCCACUUAG